AUGGAUCAAUCUAUGAAAGCGAAUUGUCAAAUGACACUAAAAUAUUAUAGAUAUAAUAAAAUGGAACUUAAGCCAUGCUGAGCAGCAAAAUGCUUACGACAGGUUGCUUUUGUAUGCAAGUGUACAAAUCCUGAAACUUACACAUGCGAGCAUCACUUAAAACAGCACACCAAAGACCCUGGUAAAAUUCAUCAAUUAAACCCUCUUCUCUUUGAUCCAAUAUAUGGAACCAAAGAAGCAAUAUGCAACUAUAUCUCACAAGAAAUCAAGAAAAAGGAAGAGCUAAAGAAAGAUCUCUUAAAUUCUUUUAGCAAUCAUUUUUGUGAUCUAGAACAAAGAAUGAAAGAGUUUCUUAAGAAAGUAGACGUAGAGAUAGAAGAAUUGCAAAAAUAUAUUGACAAAGUUAAUCAUGUUGAAGCAGUAUACCUUCAGAACAGGUAUGGCUCGACCUGAAACUCCCCCUCCCCUCCCCCACCCCCUGACGGUUUCAGUUUGAACGAAAUUGUUAAUUCAAAAUGCCAAGUCCCUCACUAAGGAUUUGACAAGUCAAAUUCAAUUUGUAGAUUUCAAUAAAGCCGAAACCACCAAGGGAUAGGGGGGAGGGGAGGUUCUCAGGUCGAUCUAAAACCGUGCUCACGGUAUAUCCAAAUUGGAGAAAGACCCAUUGAUAAAAUCACUUUCUUUAAAUCGUGAAAAUGCGGUUUUAAGGGUAAAAAAAUUUAUUCCAGAGAGCACAGUUCCACCGAAUUAUGCUAAAGAAAUUUUUGGAAAAAGCAAGUUUGUCAAGAAAAUGAUAAGCUGCUUUAUUGAGGAUAACUUGCUGAACAAGAUUUUACAAAUAGACAGCUUUCUUGAAAACUGCAAAGCAAGUGCCAAUGAAAAUGCAAAUGAGCUAGUGAAAUUGCAGAGUUAUAUUCAGGAACUUAUAGGAGAUACUGACCCCCCCCUCCGUGAGUAAACAAAAUCAUUAGAAAAAUCGCUAUUUUUUGCCCGAAAACCCACCCUCCGUGAGUGAACAAAAAUUUUUUUAAUAGAAAAAUUUUUUAUGGAAAAAAAAAUUUGAUAUAUAAGUGAUAAUUAGCAUAAUGAAAUCUAGUGCUAAUUCUGUUUAAUUUUAAAACAAAUUGCGUUUCAAAACAUAAAUUUUAUAAAUUAAAUAAAUAUUUGCUUUCCAAUUUUUGCGAAUUAGGAUUUUUUUAAAUUUCGAAAAAAAUAUUUUUUAUAAAAUUUAUAUAUAAAUUGUUUUAAAAAAAAAAAAAAAUUAACCCCCUCCGUGAGUGAACAAAAUUUUUUUGUUCACUCACGGAGGGGGGGGAGUGAGAAAAUUAUGCAAGAGCUUGAAGAGGGCAGCUUAGAAAACAAGAGUAAGGACUCUGAUAUUUAUAGCUCUGAUAAAUACUCGAGUGGAAAAACUGUUGAGAUGACAUUCGGUAAAAAAGAUAAAGAAUCAAUCAAAAAGCCUGCAGAUCCAGAAAUAGAUGAGACAAGCAGCAAUAUUUACCUUAUUGAUGAUAAGAAUUUGCUUAUUUAUGACACUGAUAAUGAAAGGGAAGAGGUGAUACCUCUAGAGACUGAGGAGCCGUUCGACCCAGGCACAUGCAUUGCUAGGCUUCCAAAUGGCGAAUUGUUCUGUUUCGGUAUACACCCUCCAUCUUCAGGAUUUGCGUUGAUAAUUGGUAAAAAUUAUGAAAUUCGAAACCUGCCCAUUGGAACACCUUGUAACUACUCCUCAGCUACCUAUUUUAACGGGAGUAUUUAUUGUUUUGGAGGGAUAGAUGUCAAUUACCCUAUUCAUUCAGCUUUAUCAGAUAGGUUUGAUUUAAAUGAAAAUCGAUGGAAUAAGCUAACUCCAAUGACUCAAGUGGAUGCCUAUUGCAAUAGCAUCAUAAUUAAUGGAAAUAUCUUGAUUUCUGGAUGGCUAAAUAAGAAUCUUUUGCGAUAUUCAAUUGAUACCAAUUCUUUCACGACUAUUCCUUUCGAAUUUAUGGCAGAGAAAAGAAAGCUCCUGAUAAACGCAGAGAGGCUGUAUUUGAUUGAGUAUGGUAAUAAUGGGUCAGUUUAUGAAUGUGGAAUGGGAAGCGAUACUGACUGGGCACGAGUUUCUGCUUCGCCAAGCAGCAAUCUUCCUUGGCAAGUUUAUAUUUUAAACAACAAAGGAGAAUUCUAUAUUGGGAUAUUUGAAUAUAGUUUCUUCGAAAAACAUAAAAAGAGAUACUACAAGUUUAAUUUAGAUGAAAAACUGCUAAAUGAACUGAAAAAUAAGCAGCUUAAAUUUUAA